UCGAGAAAAGGCAAUCUCACUUUAAGUAGAUUAGGAGUAUCUCUGAACUGUCUGACCACGACUGUACAUUUACCAGCAAAGAUCUCAGGACCUCAUGGACCAUGUGCAUGGGGAGGACUCGAUCGUCAAUUGCAGUGUCUCAACGCGGAGGCUGCCAGGGUGAUCGCUGCUUCGCCCGCCGCCAUCGUCACCUCCGCCGCCGCACCCGCCUCCAUCGCCCACACGGCGCCCACGCCCGCCGUCGCCAUGUCCACCCAACAGCAGCAGCAUCAUCACGUGUUGUCCCACGUAAUGAGUGCUCCUGGAUUAGCAGCCACAUUGGUGUCUACUCCCAUUCAGCUGCUUACCCCAGGGAUAAGAAUGGUCCCAGCUGAGCCUCAGCCACUCGCUUUGACUGUGCACCACUCUCCUGCACAUUUGCCUUCUGCCUCUGCUGUCACAUCACAGUCUGGGCGUGGAGGGCGAGAAGGAACAGGGACCGAGGCUCGCACCACAGCUGCAAUUUCUCUUCCCACACUGCACUUGACCAACAAGAUGGUGGCAGCUGCUGGCGGUGUAGCUCUGGCUGAAACUGCACGGCUGCCUGGUGGGGCCGAGCUGAACUUGCUGCCUGCAAACGGUACCACAGCAGCCACCCUGAGACAUGGCUCCAAGCACCAACCAAUCACCCUCACAGGAGGUCUUACACUGCCCAAUGGUGUCUUGAGCCACGCAGGGGUCACACUGACUACCAAAUCAGCUCCGUUGUCUCUGGCACACGCACCUGUGACAGAGGCAGGGUCGGUCCUGGCACCAACCCUUCAGAGCACUGGAACUCUGCCCACUCACCUCACUUCAGCCGGUAUUGCCCACAUGGUUGCACCACUGGGAUCUCAUGCGGCUGGGCAGCUGCAGGGAUUGACACCUAUUGUGACCCCUGUGACUGUAGUGUCGCAGGGCAAUCAAGUGGCGCACAUCCUCACUGCAGCUCCUCAGCAGAUCAGUGGAGGCAAGAUGAUGACCACCACUCCCCUCCUGAAGUCGGUGGGCCCAGUGCCUGUGAUGAAUGCCCAGUACCUGAGCGCAGCCACUCUUGUGAAACCUGUUGUGGUCGUGAGCUCUCCUUCUGCACUGCCUCCGCAUUCCAAUGCGUGAGACGCGGGCUCCUCUGCCAGUGUGGUACUGCAGUUCGUCACCACUCCGGCACACCAUGCACUCCCCUAGAGGUUCUGGUGGCACAGAGGUUCAUCUGAUCAACAGCUGAAAGAUCUAGGUUCAGAAAGACUAUUGCAACAUUAUUCGCCAAGUCUGAAUGGUUUCUUAUACAAGAACAUAAAUGGCUGUGCUUGGCAAAGGAGACAUACUGUUGAUCACUUUCUAAGAAGUCAUAUUAUUGAACAAGGAGACAACUGCAUGUGCAAAACAGAUUUUGAUGAUCAGCUCUAGGUUGCUUUCCUUCAUUUAGUGAGAAAAAACAUCAUUUAGAUUUUGUCUAUUAGAAUUAACAAGGAGAGUUUUCAUGUCUCCUAAUUUUAGUUUAUUGCAACAUUGAUAUCCAAAAAAACAAAAUGCAGCUAAAUAUUGCUGGUAAAUUUAUAAAUCACUCUUGGCUUUUUUAAACCCUGAGAUUAGCACCAGGCAUUCACAAGGUCAAUAAAUUUACAUUCCAGUUGCAGACAACAAUAAUACUAAAUUAUGUGACUAAUUUCUGUUACAGAAGACUUAAACAAAAACAAAAAAAUUGUAAGUUCAACAACUAAGAGUGAUAGUUUUGCUUUGUUAGGUUGUAAAACUUUAAAUUUCAUCUCAAUAAGAAUUUGUUGUCAAUUUUUGUUUAUCCUUGUGCUGAUAUUCACUGGUAUUGCAUUGCAAUUUAUUCCCUUGACUAAAUUUGAUAUGUUAUGACUCUAAAUUUUGUUCAGACUUCUUGUCAGUGCUCUAAAAUUAACCUUGUUGACAGUCAAUGUUGAUAAGUAGACGGUAUUUUUUGCUGUUCAUGUAGAAAAUCUUACCUGAAAGAGAAACCAGUUGUAUUUAUCGCUCACGCAUAAAACCAGCUGGAUUUCAUCUCUAUUGAGCUCAACUUCAUAGAAACGUUUUUAGAGUAUCAUCAUAAACUGCCAAUCUUAAUAAAUCCCUGUGUUCUUAUAUCCAAUGAAGUAAUUUUAUUGUAUUUUGCAAAAUAAUGUGUGAAUGUAAACAUCAUACCAUUACAUAUUGAAAAGUACAAAAUUCUGGUCUCUUGCAUCAAAAGAUACAUUUUUAUAUAAUUGUUAUUCAUCCAGUUGCUCGUUUAGUAAAAUUGAUUAUGUUUAAUUCUUUGAAUUGUUCUGUACUAUGGAUAUACAGAUACAAAUAUCAGUGUGAGUACAUGUUAAGUUAAAUGUUUCAAUGUCAGGUAUGAUUUUUCUGAUUGAUAUUGUUGUAUUUAGUUUAGUUUGUAAAAUGGAAUGGUAGAAGAUGGUGAAACAUUGAAGAGUAUUAGAGGACUCUGUUGUCCUAGUCUGAGGAGAAAAAAAUAUGAAUUGUUAUUGAAUUAAAUAUGAUACUUAGGAGUAAACAACAUAUAGUUCAGUAAUGUUCUUUGGACUUGCAUUUUCUUCAGUUGGAAUGUUAUGUUCAUGUCUUGUGACUUAAAUGUAUUGAUGUUCUCGUUUCUAAAGAUUAAAACUUGCUGGGUAGCAUAUUGAAGACUAAAUAGCUCUUGUGUGAUUGUGCAUGGUUGUUACACAUCCUAGCUGUAGAAUCUUUUCCUACUUCUCUCACUCUGUCUCAAAAAAGUUUUUAAAAAAAUGGUUGCAUUAAACAGGUAAUUAAACUGGAGAAGAUAAGGAAUUUGUCCAUUUCUGGUAGCUGCCAUAACAUUUCAACAGAGGAAAAUGCAAGCCCUGAAAAGUUGAAGUGAUAAAUGAAAUUUAUUCUCAUUGGUGAGCAAGAGUUUAUGUAAUCUCUGCAGCUAUGUGAAUAAAUCAUGGACUGCAUUGACACAUCUUGUAGAACUGCCACCUGGGCCAGUUUCUUUCAUAUUAUUUUUGUAGGUCAGCAGUGAACAUGAUAUGUUCAUAUCAGAACAAGCUCUUUUUUGUUAUAAAAUGCUAUUUAAUUUAAGGCUUAUUUACUUAUUCUUUAACAGUGGUUAUAAGAAUAAGCUUUUUUUUUGUACAUAGCCUUGAUCUCUUUGUCAAGAUGACUUGUUUAUAUUAUACUUGAUCCAAAUAUGACUGAACAAUGAAGGAAUGUGUUUUGCGUGUGGUGUUUUUUGUUGAUGGCCCAAAAGGUCAAGCAAUGUGAGGACGUUUUUUCAACAAUCUAUGUCUGUUGCUUGACUGUUCUACUGAAUCGGCUCAGGACUAAGAAACUCUGGACUCAAGAGAGAAUGUUGUUAUUGUGAGAGAUGUGUUUGUUGAGGCUGGGUUAUUGGACUUCAUUGCUGAAAGAUCAGUAUAAGGCUCAGUCUGGAUUAGAUUUUGAAUGUGUAAAUAGAAAUUGCACAGUUGUUGCAAUUUGUUCCUCUUGUUUCUGUCGCCAUGUUGCGUAGUGAGAAGAAGAGUUCGGUGGUGCUCUAGCUCCAAAGUCUACCUGCAUUUCAUUGUGAGAUAUUUUUACUAGAUUUUAACAGAAAAGUGAAUUCUUCUCUGUAUGCUGUAUAUUUGAGUGCAUGCAUGAAAGUGUGAAUGUAAUUGUACAUAGAAAGUAUCAUUUUUCCGUUAAAGAACUGUUAUAUGUAUUUAACUGUAAAUAGUUAAUCAAAAAUACUAAGGAAAGAUGAUGGGGAAAGAACUUCAAAAAUGCAAUAAAGAGGACAGUGAUAAUAGAAAAAA